UCAUACUGAUCUAUAGUUAUAUAAAAUGUAAGAAAAUCUUGUCGAGACUAAAUCCAGCAAAGUUUUGAAGUUUGUUAGCGCACAAACUACUUCGUCCAGAGUACAUCUGAGUGAUUGGAUUAUACUCAACAGAGAAAAUACAAUGAAUUAUAAACACUUAUUUUUUGUGAUAUUUAUGUGCAAUAUUGUGACGGCAAAAAAGUUGUUUUUUCAAGAUAAUCGGCCACCAAAUUUGGAUGAUGAAGGCCAUUAUGUUUUUACAAUGCAGGAUUCUGCCGCGAAAAGUUGGAUGCAAAAGUUACAGAGAGAUGUGACCAAAAUGGAGUCGUUUUCUCCGAUACUCGAUCGUAGUGUUGAUGACGAUGGGAUCUUGGAUAUAGACUCUGAAGACUAUAAAUCACCAAGACACAAACGAUCAGUGGAUCCGACAGGUCUACCACAAUCUCCAUUGAAAAACAACGUAACUAAAUGCGUGUUAAACGAUUCAUUGAGACAAAUGAUCAUCCAUUGGGCUGGUAAAGGAAAUUCCUCAAUUGUUGUUCUAACGAAAGACGUUGGUUCCGAAGAGGUUGCUUCAAAGUCAAAUGUGUAUUUUUCUUACGAUUAUGGACAAACCUUCAAAAAGUUAGACAUCAAUGGAGUCGUCAGUAAAUUUUACCAUGCUCCAAGCAAUAUUAAUGCAUAUGUGUUUGUGGAUUACGAAGCUAAAAAGCUUUACACAACAGCAGAUAUGGGAGGUACAACAAAAGUUUCAUCCUGCCCGUUCACUCCAAGUUACUUGAACUUUCACCCUGUCGAUUACACUAAACUGAUUGGUUAUGAUAAAGACAGCAACAAUAAAUCUCUCUGGCUUUCAAGAGAUUUUGGCAACACUUGGGAACAAAUUCAACUCAAUAUAAAAGAUGCCCAAUGGGGACAUACAAAUGGAGGUCUUUAUGAUAAUCCAAAUACUCUUUAUGUGGAACGUUUGGAACCAUCCGGUAAAGUUUCAAUUCUGAGAACCGAAACAUUUUUCCAGCAUGAUGCCAAAGAAGAAGUUUUGAUUUCAAACGUUGAAGACUUUGCCAUUCGAAAUAACUCUAUCUUUGCCACAAGACGAGGAAAAAUUUUUGGUGACAAUGAUUUGUUGAUUGCAAUAACACGUCACGCACCAUUUGUGACUGCAAACUUUCCAACAAAACUGGCAAAAAAAGAAUUUUUUGUCAUCGAUGCCGCAGAUGGUCAGAUCAUGGUAUUAGUUGCUCACAAGUUUGGAAGAACGGAUCUAUACAUCUCGGAACCAAAUCGAAUUGAUUUCUCAUUCUCUUUAGCCAAUGUAACAUAUUUUAAUCCAAAAGGGGUCGGAGCUACUCAGAAUUUCCUGAUUAAUCGAGACGACCGUUUUGCCGACAUUCACAAAAUUAAAGGACUGAGAACAAUUUUCAUUGCAAACACAGCUAAGACUUUGGCAGGAGGAAGUGGGCAAUACGAUAUGUCAUCCAUGAAAACGUAUAUAACAUUUGAUAAAGGUGGGAUAUGGGAAUCUGUUCCAUCACCCAGAACAGAUAUAGAUGGCAAGCCGAUGUGUGAAGACAGUUCAUGCUCUCUCCAUCUUACGCAAGAAUUUCAUCAUGCACAUGGAAGUGCAUUGAGCUCUCUAAUAAUGACGGCAUCUUCUGCACCUGGAUAUGUUCUAGCUAUGGGAAAUAUUGGAACUAAUAUAAAAGGACACAGAGAUCUAUUCUUUUCACCAAAUGGAGGAAAAGAUUGGAGAGAAAUUCGUAAAGGUACUUGGUAUUAUACAUGGUCAGAUCAUGGAGGAAUAAUAGCAAUUGUGCCCAAGGUUAAGAAGACAAAAGAAUUGCUGUACACAAUUGAUGAAGGAAAAUCAUGGAAAAAUUUAACAUUUUACAACGAAGAAAUCAAUGUUUAUGGAUUGAUGACAGAACCUGGUGAAGCAACAACUGUUUUUACUGUGUUCGGAUCCACAAACGACGAUACUGACUCAUGGGUUAUUAUACAGGUUGACUUGCUUCACGCGUUCAAACAAAAAUGCAGCAUAUGGCAGUAUCGAACAUGGUCACCGGAAGAUGAAAAUGGAAUGUCUUGUUUAUUGGGAGCUAAGUUGACUUUCCGAAGAAAGAGCACCUACGAUCCAUCUAGCUGUUACAAUGGACGAGAUUUUGACCGACCCACGUCCGUACUAAGCUGUAGGUGUACAAGACUCGAUUUUGAAUGUGGAAGGGGAUUUUAUCUUUCUCCGAAUACGCACUCGCUUUCAUGCAGAAGAGAUCUAAAUAUGGAUUACAAAUCCAUACCAGGUCCCACCUAACUGUCGCAGCGGUGCAACAUACAAAAGAACCAGAGGUUAUCAACGAAUAGCUGGUGAUAUUUGUGCUGGUGGUAAUGCUGAGGAGCAUUAUGGCCCGGUUGAUGCACCAUGCCCAGUUAUUGAAGAAAACGAAUUUUUGUUGAUAACAAGCGCAGCAGGUAUCACUCGAAUCGAUUUGUCAAAUGAAAAAUCAGAAGUUUUGCCUCUUAAUGUUGCAUAUGCUGCUGGAAUUAAAAACAUUGAUUUCGAGUAUUCGACCAAUUGUUUUUAUUAUGCACAAGGCAGUAAAAUUGAAAGAGUCUGUUUGGAUGAAAAAUUAAAUG